AUGUCAAUAUCCACACAAAUCAAUUAUGAUACAUCUAUUAUUAGAGGUUUCCUUAGCCAAGAUGAUGUGAUAGUAGGUGACAUGACGGUAGAGAAACAUAGGAUACCAAGGAAAUACAUAAGAGGAAUGAAUUUGAAAGAUCUAUUCUACGAGGGCAAAUGGGUCACUGCAAAAUGUGUUCCUAAUUCGAUUGUGAUGCACAUUGGAGAUACUUUGGAGAUUCUUAGUAAUGGGAAGUAUAAGAGUAUACUUCAUCGUGGGUUGGUGAAUAAGGAGAAGGUUAGGAUUUCUUGGGCUGUGUUUUGUGAGCCACCAAAGGAUAAGAUUGUUCUUAAGCCGUUGCCUGAUAUGGUGAGUGUUGAGUCUCCGGCUAAGUUUCCUCCAAGGACAUUUGCUCAACAUAUUGAGCAUAAGUUGUUUGGAAAGGAACAAGAGGAAUUGGUGUCUGAGAAAAAGGAUUAA